GGCGGUAGGGAUUGUUUCCUCUCGGCCACCAUUUUCUCUAGGGAAACCAGAUUUAUUCUUGGGUCUAAAAAUUCAUUGCUACAAAAGGAAAAUAUUGGUAAAAAGUAACAAUGCGCAAUAUUGAAAUAAAAGCAAAAAUUACCAAUCUGUCAUAUACAGUUUCCCGAAUUAAGCAGUUAACUGAUACUUAUUGUACUGUUAUAAAGCAACAUGAUACAUUCUUCAAAGUAGCUGAAGGAAGAUUAAAAUUACGAAGAUUUGAAAAUGGUUCAGGAGAGUUAAUUUAUUAUAAAAGAUCUAAUAUAUUGGGCCCAAAACUUUGUAAUUAUGAAAAAGCAGCAUUAGAAGCUAAUGCUUGUGUCGAAAUUAAAAAUAUUUUGAGUGCAUCAAAUGGCUGCAUAGGUACUGUGGAAAAAACAAGGCAAUUGUACAUGGUUGGACAGACUCGUAUACAUGUUGAUGACGUUGAAGGCUUAGGAAACUUUUUAGAAUUAGAGUUCCAGAAAAAUCUUAUUUCGAUGACUAGUUUACUCAGAAUAACUGAUAAUUGCACAGUACUGUUAUUGCAUACACGGUGUGCAAUCAGUCUCGAAUGGGUUAACCUGUGUUAUUUUAAAAUUGCACAAAAGAAGAAUUAGUUCUGACCAAAGAAGACGAUGAAUAUAAGGGUGAAAAAAUUGCACAAGAUUUAAUGAAUAAGUUGGGUGUAAAAAUUCAAGAUUUGAUAU